AUGCCUUCAUCUGUGGAAUAUCUCACCACUCCUCCCGCGGAGCCUCUCAACUACGAUGCUGACCCGGUUGCGGCCAUGUCUUCGUAUUCUCGAAUGAUGCACAUGCACACCAGACAACAAAUGGAGUCUGUCACGCGAUCAGCCAGACGCAGAAGUCCUCCAACGUCCGCUGUCGAUGCUCACGCUCAAGCCGGUCUUUCACAGAGCAGUACACACAGCAGCAAUUCAUCACGAUCUUCCUUUUGA